AUGGCCUUCCCGCACCGCCCCAUGCGCAACGCCGGCACCCGUCCCUGCCGGGGCCUCGUGGUCAUGGAGGAAGAGGAUCCGCCUGCUAGGGCGAGCGACGACGCCGUCUACUAUGUCUGCAACCCAUCCACCGGCCUGAUGACAGCGCUCCCGGAGGGCCGGCCGUUGCCGCUGCAGCCCGUCGGGUAUGCGGCAAGGGAUCCCCGGUGGUACAACAACCUCGGGAUCGGCUACGACGAGGUGAGCGGCAGGUUCAAGGUGGUUCGUGUCUGCCGCUACAACGAGUAUCUCAAUGCGGAUUGCAACGUGUAUGUGGUCGACGAUGCGUUCUGUUGGCGACCGGCGGCGGGCGAUGCCGAGCUACCAGAGGAGGCUGGGUACAUAAGUUCGUACCAGGCGAGCGUGUCCGCGCAGGGUCACCUUUAUUGGAUGUCUGAGGCGGAGGGCAUGUUCAAGGAGAAGCAUGUCAUCUCCUUCUCCCUCUCCGAUGAGAAAUUCGAGGUGAUCUACGCGCCCCGCUACAGAGAUUACAGCCUCACAGAGCUUGAGGGGCGUGCAUGCCUCUUCUCCUCCAUCUCCGACGUGGACCAGAAGUGCUACGACAUAUGGCUGCUAUGCGACAACGAGGCGUGGGACCUGUUAGAGAUACAUCACGCAAUCGAACAUGAUGAAGAACGAAAACGAGCAAGGGACACGAGAUUUUAA